AUGGUUGAUCCAAUCCCGACAUACUUUGGGGGUUCACCCAGUUCGAGCUUUAUGUAUGGUGGCGCAUCUUAUGGGUACAUCAGCCAUCCUCCGCCAUUCCCAGUCGUCCGAUUACGGGGCCUCCCCUUCGAUUGCACCGAGCUCGACAUCCACGAAUUCUUCCAGGGCCUGGACAUCGUCGACGUGCUUUUCGUCCACAAGAACGGCCGUUUCAGCGGAGAAGCCUUCUGCGUCCUGGCAUACCCUCUCCAAGUUGACUUCGCCAUCCAGAAGAACAGACAGAACAUGGGCAGGAGGUACGUGGAGGUCUUCAGAAGCAAGAGGCAGGAGUACUACACCGCCGUCGCCCAUGAGGUUUCCGACAGCAGAGGCGGCUCCCCCCGCCGCGGCGGCGGCGGCGGCGGCGGCCCACCGAGGAUGAGAUCAGUCGAUGAUGGGAAAGAAUCGGCAGAGCACACUGGAGUUCUACGGAUGAGAGGGUUGCCAUUUUCGGCAGGGAAGGAGGAUGUCUUGGACUUCUUCAAGGAUUUUAGCCUCUCAGAGGAAAGCAUUUUUAUUGUGCUGAACCCAGAUGGGAGGCCAACUGGUGAAGCAUUUGUGGACUUUGGUAGUGCGGAGGACUCGAAGUUGGCCAUGGUCAAGGACAGGAUGAUGCUCGGCAGUCGUUACAUAGAGCUCUUCCCUUCAGCCACCAAGGAAAUGGAUUAUGCUAUAUCUAAAGGAAAAUGA